UCCACGUUUGCCAUGAAGCAUCUCACCAGGAGACACCGCGUCUCUGCCGGUACUGAGGCGUUGGCCUUAUUUGUUGGCUUGUCCAAUGCUGCUUCACGAAGACUGGUGGCAUGCACCCAGUGCCGGUAUAAUUCCACAGGGACAAGCCCUUCUGGAAAUGUGACUGUCGAUGGCAAAUCAUACCAAACAGAUGAAUGGCAUAACCUGUCUUCAAACAUUACUGCUUCGAUUUCACGAAGAUUGCAUGUCCAAAAAGAUCACCCUAUUUCCAUAACACGAUCAAUCAUCGAAUCCCGUUUCCCGAGUCCAACCUUCAAAUACCACAACAACUUCUUUCCAGUUGUCUCUACCCAACAGAACUUCGAUUCCUUAGGCUUUCCAGUAGAUCAUCCUGGGAGGAGCAAGACGGAUACAUAUUAUAUCAAUCAAGAAACCGUCCUUCGAACCCAUACAAGCGCACACCAAGCUGAUGUGUUCCGGGCAAACGAAAGCGAAGGUUGGCUCAUUAGUGCAGAUGUCUACAGAAGAGAUGCAAUUGACCGUAGUCAUUACCCGAUCUUCCACCAGAUGGAGGGUGCGAGGAUGUGGGAUAGAACAAAGGCGCCCAAUGGAGACAUCGCAGCAGCAGUCUUAAAAGACAUUGAAGCUUUGCCCAAGCAUUCCAUGAAAGUCGAGGAUCCUAAUCCGCCUACUCAUCCAGAACGAAACCCUCUCCAAAAAGAACAUUCUCUGACCGAGGCAGAAGCAAUUGCAGCUCAUUUGAAGAAAUCUCUCGAGUUGGUUGUUGUGGAGAUAUUUUCUCGAGCAAAGGCUGCUGCUGUUUCUGCGAACCCGGAUUUUGUGGAUGAGCGACUAAAGGUCCGCUGGAUCGAAGCAUAUUUCCCCUUCACCAGUCCUUCUUGGGAGCUUGAGAUUUUCUGGCAAGGAGAUUGGCUUGAAGUCCUGGGCUGUGGUGUUGUAAAACAAGAUAUCAUGGACAAGGCCGGCCAGCCCCAGCAGUUAGGAUGGGCUUUUGGGAUGGGCCUGGAACGUAUCGCUAUGCUGCUUUUCGAAAUCCCAGACAUUCGUCUAUUCUGGUCGAAAGACGAACGAUUUCUGGGGCAGUUCAGGGGCCUUUCAGAGAAUUUGGAUAAUCUGAGACGAUUUGUACCAUUCUCGAAAUUCCCGUCUUGUUACAAGGAUGUAGCAUUCUGGCUACGGUCAUCGUCCUCUUCAGCCGGGGGUGGGUCAAGAGCAAAUACUCAAGAUUUCCAUGAAAACGAUGUGAUGGAGAUUGUGAGAGAUAUUGGUGGCGAUGUCGUUGAGGAUGUCGCUAAGGUUGACGAAUUUGCUCACCCGAAGACCGGGAGGAGGAGCUUGUGCUACAGGAUCAAUUAUAGGAGUCUGGAGCGGACUUUGACGAAUGAAGAGGCCAACGGAUAUCAUGAACAAGUUCGGAAAGCUCUGGUAGAGAAAUUGGGGGUUGAAUUGAGAUGAGAAGACCUCGGAGCAGAGAUGUAGGUAACAGUAAAGGCGCUGACCGGGUUUGCAAAAAGCGUCAACUGUUUGUAAUUUUAUGUCAAAAUUACCCAAUUGAAAGCUCUACUCACUCCAUUUGUACGAAAUUCGAC